AUGAUGAGAAGCGACGAAUGGGCUGAGGACCAAUGGUGCGACUUGAGGUUGGAAGCGACACGAUACAGCCAGCCCGAGGAUAUUUUCAGGGCGCACCAAUCCCAGUUGGACCGCAACCGUGAAAGACAGCUUCAAGGAGAUACCGGUCGAAGCCAGAUGGCCAGUCCAGAUGGUCAGGGCGAGGUCGACUAUGUUGGGAGAUCAUCGCGGGCUCUCGGGAGCGCCAAUGAGUUCCUAAUGGCCACAGCGAAGCGCAGACCACAUGCUCCAAGCUGA